UCCCCGCCUCCAUCAUCAUUCCAGCCGCGGGUGCGUGAGACGCAGCAGCGGUCUCGCGCCGCGCAGCCUGUCCGGAGCUCGCUUCCUCCUCCCCUUAAAGCAGAAAGAUAAUCUCCACAGACGCACCAACAAUGGGAGAGCUGGACGCGCGCGGUGGCCACCGCUCCGUUUGCAUCAUAAUUUAAAAACCGACGCACUUGGCUUCACCGCCGGCGAAAAUGGCGACGGGGGCAGGCUGGCAGCCUCAGUACAGCACCUCAUCCAGCGCCAGCAAAUACGCCUCCUCUCCAACAGCAUCCAGCAUGUUUUACGACGGGAGUUUAACGCUGGAAUACACCCCGGACCUGCAUCUGAAGAUGAGCAAGAAGAUAGCCCAGCUGACAAAGGUAAUUUAUGCUCUCAACACCAAGAACGAUGAACAUGAAGAGGAAAUCGAGUCGCUGAAAGAGGCCCACGAGGAUGAGGUCCAACACAUAGUGACAGAAACCAGAGACAAGAUCAUGCAGUACAAGAGCAAAAUGGCGGACGAGGCGGACCUGAGGCGGCGGCUGGCCAGUCUGGAGGAAUCUGUCGAGCUCCACGACCACAUGAAGAGACAGGCCUUAGCAGAGUUUGAGAUGUACAGACAGAGGAUGGAGGAUUCGCAGCUCUGCACUGAGGCCCAGCAUACCCAGAGAGUGGUUUCUAUGAGCAGAGAGGUGGAGGCUUUGAUGGACAGGUUGGAGGAGCUGUCGAAGGAUAAGGUCCGUCUGGUGGAGGAGUACGAGGCCAAGCUGGCCAAGGCUCAGGAGUACUAUGAGAGAGAGCUGGAGGCCAUGAGGAGGACGCACCAGCUGACCACCGAGAACCUGCUGGCCUGGAAGAGGACGGAGGUGGAGCUGCGGAAGGAGUUCCAAGCUCAGGAGGCAGCGCUGCAGCGUUCGCUGUCCAAGCUGAGGAGCGAGCUUCAGAAAGCUCAGGAGGAAGCCCGGGAGAACCGGGACAAAACCAACAGACUGCAGACAUCACUAGCCAACGCAGAGGGAACCAUUAAGAACCUGCACAAGCAGCUGGAAGAAGCCAUCCAGGAUGGAGAAAUCUGGGUGAUGCAGCUGAAGGACACAGAGUAUGAACUGGAGAGCAGCAGGGAACGAGUUCAGCAGCAGGCUACGGAGAUCCUCCACAAAGCCAGUCAGAUUGGUUCCUUGCAGGCCACCCAGAUGGCUCACGAGGCGACCAUCAGGAACCUGGAUCAGGAGCAGAGUCGGCUCAAAGAUAAGAUCAGCCGACUGGAGGAGGAGAGGGAGGCACUGCUCAAUCAAAGCCAGGCGGCCAGCGAACAGCACAAGCAGCAGCUGCUCCAACUGGAGCAGUCCCUCCGGGAGGAGCAUCAGGGCUAUGAGAAGGAGCUCUCUAGGCUGAGAGCUCACUAUGAGGAGGAGACCCUUCGCUUUAAGGAGGCUCAGGUCAGAGCGCUGGAGGAGCUGGAGGAGAAGCACAGGAACAUGAGGGAGGAGGCUGAGCAGGAGAAAGAGGAUGAGAAGAAACUCCUCGUUACGAAAAUGAGCCAGGAGUUUGAGAUUAAACGUCUCUCCCUAGAAGAGCAGAGGGAUCGUCUUCAGCAACAACUGGACAACCUGAAAGAGGAGCUAACGGCUAAAGUCAACAUGGCCAAUCAGGAGGUGUCCCACCUGCAGGAGCUGGUGAGGGAGGGGGAGCAGAACCUGAAUUCGGCUCAGACGCAGAUAGGCUGUCUGAAGGAAACGCAGGAGAAGCUCCGGAUAGAGCUGGAUGCAACCAGAGGCAGAGUGCGAGAGACCAGCAACAUGCUCACAGAUCUACAGGAGGAGAUUGAGACCCAGAAGCAGCAGCACGAUGCCAGAGUGAUGGCCAUCAGAACAGAGGAGAAACAGAAGAUGGACAAGAUGGCGGAUGACUUGGAUCAGAAAUGGAGAGAUGCUCUGCGGGAGGAAGUACGUUUGCUGAAGGAAGAGCUGAGUGAGGAGUAUGAAGCCGACAAACAGGCAGCUCUCAACCAGCUUUCCCAGCAGAAGGAGCUGGAGCUGAUGGCCGCAAGAGAGGGCUGGCAGAGGAAAGUGGAAGACCUGCUUGAACAGAUAUCUCUCCUCAAACAGUCUCUGGAGCUCCAGUUGUCACAAUCUCAGUCAGCUCUGCAGCAGCUGCAGUCUCAGUUCAACCAAGAGAGGGAGCUGCUGAGCCAACAGCUUAAAGAGAUGCAGAGAGAACAUCAGAGGAGGGAGCAUCGGUUACAGGAAGCUCACUGCUGUGCCCUCAGCACCAUGGAGGAGGCCAGACAGCACCAGAUCAGAGCCCUGGAGGAGCGUCUUAAGCAGGAGCACAGGGAGGAGGUUCAUGCUCUGAAGGAGGCCCACAGGAGGACCUUGGAAAUCCUCAGGCAGCAGUCAGAGCAGGAGCUGCAGACUCUAAGAUUUGAACUGGAGGACGAGGGCAAAGCAAAGCUGGCGUCUCUCCGAGCAGAACUGAACCACCUCCAUGCUACGGCCGUUGAACAUCUGAAGCAGCUCCACCUCAAAGAAAACAGUGCAGCUAAAAGAGAACUGGAGAAAGCAAUGGAACACAGCCACCAGCAGGAACAGGAACUCCUGGUUCGCAUCUCUGACCUUCAGGGAGAGUUGUGUUCCCGUAGCAACCGCAUCACCGAUUUGGACCACGAAAUCCACUCUCUUAACGAGACUAUCGACACUUUGACCAGAGAGCUGGAGUUGAAGGGCAAAGAGGUGCUCAGAGUUCGCAGUGAAGCCAACCAUCAGAUAAGAGCUCAUGAACAGGAUCUGGUAAAGAGGCAUGAGAGGGAUCUGGAUGAGAUAAAGGUUGUUCAUCACAGAGAGGUGCAGAUUAUGCUGGCUGACUUCAACAAAGCUCAGGAGGUGCUCAAAGACAAGAUCUCUGCUCUGCAAAUCCUGUUGGAGGGCACAGAGGAGAAGCUGAGAAACAGAGAGAGUCGACCAGAAGAUCUGCAUCUCAUAGCGGAGCUCAGAGAGAUGGUCACUGAAAGAGAAGCUCUGGUCAAAAAACUGGUUGAUGACAAGAAGUUCUACCAGCUGGAGUUGGUGAAUAGAGAGACGGGCUUCAGCAAGGUCUUCAAUUCCAGUGCUAACAUUGGUGUCAUCAACCCUCUUAUCAAGUCAAAAACAGGCAGCCAAUCAGAUCAGCGCCUCACCAGCUUUCCUAGCCAUUCAGCUCUCCGAUUCGUCAGCCCUCCCACCAUGAGCCACGAAGGCCAGGAAGAGGGCAGUCGGGAGGCGGAGGAGGUAGGACCUGGAGGCCGCUUUGCGCUUCCUCACUCCCUCCUCCAGAGGUCCCUCCCAAGACCUAAGAAAGCCCUGUCACUGUUCAGCCCUCUUCCCCCUCCUUCUUCUUCUCUUCCUCUACCUCAGCAUCCUCCUCUUCCUCAUCAUCCCCCACACCAUCCCAUGCCAAGCCUUGCUCCUCCUCAUGCUCCUCAGGAUCCUCUCGCGCAGCAUCAGGGCCUUCAGCGCUGUGGGAGCCUUCCUGAAGCCAGCGCUCCAGCACCAUCAAGGGGGAUUGAGGUAGAAAAACGCAAAGAGUAUAUUCCAAAAGAGGAAGACUUGUUCUCUCUGUACUUCUCUUUCUGACUGGCAAAAAAAAUAAAAA